GGGUUUGGGGCGCCCUUGGGGCUGCCGGGGGUAGGGUGGGUGGGUGGGGGUGUCACCCCGUAUCCCCCCCCCCCCCCCCCCACUCUGUUCCCCGCCGCCAUGUACACCUUCGUGGUGCGGGACGAGGGCAGCAGCGUGUACGCCGAGGUGAGCCGGCUGCUGCUGGGCAGCGGGCGGUGGCGGCGGCUGCGGAGGGACAACCCCCGCUUCAACCUGAUGCUGGGCGAGAGGAACCGGCUCCCUUUCGGCAGGCUGGGCCAUGAACCUGGACUUGUGCAGCUGGUGAAUUACUACAGGGGAGCCGACAAGCUGUGCCGCAAAGCAUCUCUGGUGAAGCUUAUCAAGACAAGCCCUGAGCUAUCGGAGUCCUGCACGUGGUUCCCUGAGUCGUAUGUGAUUUACCCAACAAACCUGAAGACCCCCGUGGCUCCAGCACAGAAUGGAAUUCGCCAUCUCAUAAACAACACAAGGACAGAUGAGCGGGAAGUCUUCUUGGCAGCUUACAACAGGCGGCGGGAAGGCAAAGAAGGCAACGUGUGGAUUGCCAAGUCCUCAGCUGGUGCCAAAGGGGAAGGCAUCCUGAUUUCUUCAGAGGCUGCAGAGCUCCUGGACUUCAUCGAUGAGCAGGGACAAGUGCACGUGAUUCAGAAAUACCUGGAGAAUCCUCUGCUUUUAGAGCCAGGGCAUCGCAAGUUUGACAUCAGGAGCUGGGUUCUUGUGGAUCAUCAGUAUAAUAUCUACCUCUACAGAGAGGGUGUCCUGCGGACCUCUUCCGAACCAUAUAACAGUGCUAAUUUCCAGGACAAAACCUGCCACUUGACCAAUCACUGCAUUCAGAAGGAAUAUUCCAAAAAUUACGGGCGGUACGAGGAAGGGAAUGAAAUGUUCUUCGAGGAGUUCAACCAGUAUCUGAUGGAUGCCCUGAACACAACGCUUGAGAAUAGCAUCUUACUGCAAAUCAAACACAUAAUAAGAAGCUGCCUUAUGUGUAUAGAGCCUGCAAUCAGCACGAAGCAUCUUCACUACCAGAGCUUCCAGCUCUUUGGCUUUGACUUUAUGGUGGAUGAGGAGCUGAAGGUCUGGCUGAUAGAAGUCAACGGGGCCCCAGCAUGUGCCCAGAAGCUGUAUGCAGAGCUCUGCCAAGGAAUCGUGGAUGUAGCCAUCUCUAGCGUUUUCCCCCUCAGUGACACUGGGCAGAAGACGAGCCAGGUGUCAUCGAUCUUUAUCAAGCUGUGAUGAUGACAGGAAUGCCUCUGCUGCGCACAGGGAGAGACUGCAGUCAUCGGGUCAGCACAGUUCGGUGGCUUAUCUCAGUAUCAUGCCAAAAAGUGAGAGAGACAGGCUUCUUAUUUUCUGGGAAACCGUGGGGGAAAACCAACAAAACAGGCAUCCACACAGAGCUGCGGUGAGCCAGAGCUGCUUAGAUAACUCUGCUGGAUUCACCAAAAUCCACUUUAGAAACAGCUCGUGUGACUUUGAUAGCUGAAACAAAUCUCUCUGGGAGAACAACAAAAUAACCUUAAAAUGAAACCCCAACCAGGGAUACUAUAAUACUGUAUUAGCUCCUCCUUUUCUAUAGAGAUAACACUGGGCUUUUUUUAAGGGAAUCGAGCGAAGAGUACGAUGAUCUUCUGAGACGUCGUGGCUGGGAAGUUGUCCUCCUCCCGCUGUGUUUCUUCUUGCGUCACCUACUGCAUCAUUAGUGCCUUAGCUCAGCUCCGAAUAGGUGACUCCUUUCCUUUGUUCCUGCUCUAUUAUGUAGAAAGGAGCAAACCCUCUUGCGUCGCAGGAUGCCUAAAACCAGGAGCACCUAGAAUUCAGUUUCCUUAGGUCAUUUCCCAGGCUGGUUGACUGAAUAACCAGGCAACAGCUGGCAAAAGGGUGCUGAACUGCAGGUGGUGAAUUAACCCAAGCAAGGAAGGCAGUUUUGUUUAUUUAUAGCUAUCCCUUUUCCUAAUGAGAUUUGAAUCAGUGUCCAUCCCAGUCUGAUGCAGUUGGAUUCUGUUUAAAAGAGGUAGAGAGACCCCCUCAGUACUCACCGGCAGGCUGUAGGAUUUCUAGCAUCACUUUUGUGCUAAGAGUGUUUCAAACAGCGGAAACCCAAUCUCCCCAGUUUCUUCUGAGACGCUGCAGUGAAUUUAGGCUCUUCUCAGCUUUCCCUUUCAUGUAUUUGAGGCCUGAAUCGGAAACCUUUCAACCCAGAUUAUUUUUAUCCUGUUUGAUCCAGCCAAUUUUAUUCUUCUCCAUUUGACAAAUACUGCAAUUUUCUGCCCUGAUCGCCGUCCGCAGCCCAGUCCCAGCUAGGGGGAAGGUGGGUGAGGUUUUGUAGAGCAGGGGAGGGAUGCCUUGCGUAUAGGUUUUCCACACAGAUAGCAAGGCGGGCGUUGGGGGAGGGGGCAGGGGAGGUCAAAUUCCUUGAGGUCCCAGAAUUUCAGAGCUAACAUCUGCUUUGGGUCUAACCUAAAUCCCUGGCACAUCGUCCACACUGUGAAGAGUAUCUGAGUUUUCAGCAUGAGCCCAGCACAUCCCCCCUAAGCUAGAGCUCUUUGCAGAGCGCGGUGGCACCUGUAACAGCAGCUGGUUUUGGUUUUAAGGGGGGGUGUUCAGGGCUGUGUUCCGCUGCCUCUGGCAGGGAGAGAUGGUCGGCACCAAAACGGACUGGUUUCUGUUACCCAAAACAAACAAGCGAGAAGAGAUGGUGGAGGUUACAAGCUGCUGGCUGCCUGUGUACGACGGGAAGUGAAUCAAGCAGUGGGAUAUCUGCCUCCCUCAGAAGAUCCUAGCGCUUUGGCGAGCUCAGUUCUGCUCGUGACGGAGAUGUCGGAGGUCUUUGUGCCAGCAGAUGAGCCUGGCCCCUUUUUGUAGGCAGGACUGAAGCGAGCAGGCCUUCUCGGAGCGAUGCAUUUUUUUAACGGUACGGCAGCACACACGUGUUCGGAUUUCACCGCGGGCCAGGUGAAGCGCAGCGGCAGCGCUCCCAGGUAAGGUGGAGGCUGUAACGGUUGAAACUCAGCUUGCAGACUUCACCACGUCUCCGUGGGCGCUUUCACAUUAGCUCAUGUGAGCUUAAAAAUUACACCGGUUUUGCCUAGCAAAGGGAGGAUCUAACGGCAAUCGCCGCGGUGCAGGAUGUGUCAGAGGGGACAGCGGGCUGGCGCAGACUCUAGGGCAGAUGAGAGCAGAGCAUGAGAAGGGAGAAUUUUCCCCAUCGUAAUGAAAUGAGAAAUGCUUAUUUUUCUGGGGUGCUAGACCCAUCCUCCUUUUCCCCUCAAAAGGGAAAUUAAAAAACUGGAUUACACAGUAACGGGAGGCUGCUGCUGACGCAGUGGGAUAAGGGCAAGAAAGCUGCCUGGGGGGGAGGCAAAAGCAGGAGGGGCGGUGAAACUCCAAAGCCUUCUCUUCCCCCUUUUUCACCCCGGAUUGCGUCGUGGCACAGCAGCAGCCGGCCGGUUUUGCUGCUCAGCUGAAAGUGGGGCUUCGGCUUGGUGGUAGAACCGUGACCACAGGCAAUGCGGCGAUUCAUACCCUGCCUUUCCGGCUGGGCUUGGGGGGAUCCGGGGAGGCUUUGGUUGGCUUGCUGAAUUUUUCAGAAAUAAGCCGCAGCCUUUGGAGGAAGGAAAGCAGCAGGCAUUGCAUGUAUUUACCACCAAGUGCUCCCCAAGGUAAAGCACAAGAGGUGAAUGCUAAAGGACGGAGAGCACGGUGCCUAAGGUCGUGCCCAGAAUACUAGCUACGAGGGGGAGAGGAGGAUGCGUACGUGGCUGAGGCCCGAGCACUGCAGCCGUGGGCUCACCUCUCAAAUGAUGCUCACGAGCCCUUGUGAGGCUUUGGUUUGUUUCUCUUUUUUUUUUUUUUUUUUAGGAAUACACAACAAUAAAUGUUUUUUUCUAGCUUAUUUCAGCUAAAAGGUCAAUAGAAAAGGUCUUACUCUUUCCUGAGCUUUCACAAAGGAUGGUGCUGGGUUUCCGGGAGACACCGACCGUCCUGCAGAAUGUCUCAAGUCGUAGUCGUAUCCCUUCGUGUCAGCCAAGAAAGAUUUUGGGCCCAGGCGCUCUGGCUGCGUUUUCCAGCAGGGUCUGGUCCUGCUGGACUCUGGGUUUCAGGAAACUCCCACGAGGCUUGUCUCAUACCACGAUAGUCGCGAUUACCACGCAACAGCUAUCGUGCUCCUGCCGCAAGCCGGCAGCCGGCCACAGCCCACGGAAAAAAAAAAAAAAAAAAAAAAACACCAAAACACCGGAGAAGUCUUAAGAAAGGCUCAAAAGCCGCUUCAUCCAGGUGGCCCAGCUCCCCAGCCCUGCUGCGCCCGGGGCUGCCCGCAUGUCCCCGCUCCCAGCGUUUCUUGUUCUCCGCGGGCCGCUGGCCCCCCGGGAGAGCCAACGCCGUGACAUCCGUAGGUUCAUCAUCGUGUCUCAUCGCCAGUGCCUGCUCCGUCAGCCUCCCCCCCCCCCAAAAAAAAAACCCCAAAACUAGUGUUGAGAGGAUGGAUUGGGGGGGGGGGGGGUACGUGCAGCUGCCGCACCGGGCUCUGGCUCCUGACCCCAAUGUGUGCGUGUGGGGCCGGCGGGUGCCCGAGCGCGUGGAUCUCCUCAACCGUCAUUAAAUCGUGCAAACCCCA